CCCUCAGUCUCUCACAGCCAGCGAAUAGCUGCGCAUCGCUGCGAUCGAGCGCACAAAGAAAAUAGAGAAAGAAAAAGAAAAAACCGAGGAAAGCGUAUUUCCCACUUGCCCUAACCAUUUUCCUGUUGCUGUUCGCAAUCGCGACGGCCACAAAGUGCAGUAGUGAACGAAUAUCUCCACGAAUUGCGACAUUUUUUUUCCUGUUGUCCCCGGCCAAGUGCGAAACGAAAAGAAAAUAAAAGUGCUAAUUGUGCAAUUGAUUGACACAACGAUCGAUCUAAUUUAUCGGUGGCAGUGCGAGGAUCAUUAGAUCACUGGGAGUAGUGUUCGCGUUUCAAACAUGAAAACAUGAAGCCUGCCGCGAAUUGAAAGGCAUAAUAAAUAAGAGUCAGCAGCAAAAAAGGCAGAGCAGACGCAGAACGCGCAGAUCGCAAACAACAAACGAGUGAAGAAGCGAAAAAAUGAUGCCGCCAAGACUGCCAGGCCCUGGUGCCGGCGGCCAUGGAGCAGCAACGACGAAUCCGGCAGAGAGUGCGAGUACCAGUGGCCACCACUUAACGAGAAGGCCCGCGAACACAACGUUUCACAAGCGGCGACGAAGGCGACAGAUCGGUGGCAGCCACAUCAGCAUCGGCAUCAGCUUCAGCUUCAGUUCCAGUGGCUACCUGGCCCUGCUCUUGCUCUCUGCCACCUGCUCCCUGGUGGCCACCACCUCCUCCUCCGCCUCCGCCUCCGCAGACACAGCCAUUGCGCCACCGGAUCCGAAUCCACAUUCGCAUCCGGAUCCGGAUGCAGCGGCCAGCCAGCAGCCCGUGGUGACCAGCAUCUCCUCCAGCUCGCCCUGUGCCCCGCAGCACUGGUGGGACUCGCAGCGGGACCGCUGCACCCCGUGCACCCGCUGCCAGGGCGAGAUGAUACCGCUGCGGCCCUGCCAGCUGCACACGGACACCAUCUGCGGCUCCAUAUACGAUCUGAAGAUCGACUGGGUCGUCCUCGCCAAGACCGAGCCUAAUUGGAAGGAGCGCCGAAAGUCCUCGGAGUACGAGCACUUCGAGCAGAAUGCCAAGCUGCAGCACCUGACCCACGAGCAACUGCAGCAGCUGCACGAGGAGGCGGCCGCCGCCUGGGUCCUGGACUGGCAGACAGGAGUGCUCUACGUGGCCGUACUCACCUGCCUGGUCUUCUUCUCGGUGGCCGCCUGCAUCCUCAUCCACCACAUGCGCCAGUGGCGCCGCAUGGAGCGUCGCCUGGAUCAGGAUGUGGAGGAGCUGUCGACCAAGCUGAUGGCCAAGCUGGCGGAGGUGCAGAGUCUGGACGGAGGCACCUUCUUCAUCGGCAACGCGGACGCCUUGCGAGGACUGCCCGCCUCCGGAGUGGCGACGCAUGCAGCUGCGGCGCAGUCGGGAAUCUUCCAGCCGCAACACGUGCUGCUGCCUGAGAAACGCGGCAAGCACCAGGAGCGAAGGAUCCUGAAGACCCUGCAGCCCGGCAAUGUCUACAUCGAGGAGAGCAACGCGGGAUUGGGCGUGGGUCUGGGCAUGCGUCCCAAGGGCUAGGCAAAGGGGUCGGCAGGGGGGUUGGUGGGGGGGGGGGGGGGGACAUACUUAAGGAGUGGCGAUGGAGGAGCAAGGACGAUGCAUCAACCGGAAACGAAAACGUAACCGGAAACCGGAGACCGGAAACCAGAAACCGGUUGGAGAGAAGAACUUUGUACAAACAGCCGCUUAAAGGAGAAACGGAAGGGAACCGAAACUAUUAUUAUUUUUUAUAUUAUUAAUCUUAUUCUUAUUAUUACGACUUUUUUUGUCCUAAUAUUUAAUUGAAUCGUUAUGUUGACUUGUUUGUAAUGCGGAUUCCCGUUGUGGGGGAAUCCCGGCAGAAUGCGGCAGAAUGUUUGUACAUAGAGAUAGAGUUGAGGAGGCAGUUGUGGUGGCACCCACCCACGAAGUAUAUAGUAUAUGAUUAACACGAUUAUGAUUAACAAAUUUCUACUUAAUGUAAAUAUUAAGGCGAUCGAACCCGCGAACCUAACGUAACGAAAACGCAAUGGAUUGGAUUGGUAUAGCAUCGAAACCAAGCAAUAUCGGCAACAUAUCAGCUACUAUAUAGACCGCAUAUAGACGCGCGUAUUGUUAAACAUCAUCCAUACACAGAAACUCACUCACACACACACACACACACUAUAACACUAUAACCAAGUUAAAAUAUCAAACGAGGGCAUUUUCCGGCUAGCUGCUACCGAGCUUAAUCGAAUUAACUGUAACAGUAAUGGUAAAGAUACAGAUAUAACUACUUAUAAUAAUGAUAAUUAACGGAUAACUAUAUCGAUAGGGAGAAAUGUCUAUGUCCUAAGUGCUAUCAGUGUGCAAACAGCAAUAAAAAGUUCUACGAAUAUACGAGA